AUGGCUUCGUACGGCCACCGAAUGCCUCCGCAGCCGCACCACGCUCACCCGCACGCUGGAUAUGCCGCCUCGCAGCCGCCGGCCCCUGGGCCCCCGGCCGGCACCUUCGCCCCGGGCACCAAGAUCCAGGUCGGCAACCACCGCGUGCAGAUCCAGAAAUACCUGUCCGAGGGCGGCUUCGCGCACGUCUACCUGGUCAAGCUGCCCAAGGCCGUCGACGGCACCGACCUGGCCGUGCUGAAGCGAGUCGCCGUGCCCGAUAAGGAGGCCCUGCGGGGCAUGCGCACCGAGGUCGAGACGAUGAAGCGCCUCAAGGGGCACGAGGCCAUUGUCACCUACAUCGACUCGCACGCGUCCGAGCUCAAGGGCGGCGGCUACGAGGUCUUCUUGCUCAUGGAGUUCUGCGACGGCGGCGGCCUCAUCGACUUCAUGAACACCCGCCUGCAGCACCGCCUGACCGAGCCCGAGAUUAUCAACAUCUUUGCCGACAUCGCCGAGGGCGUUGCCUGCAUGCACUACCUCAAGCCGCCGCUGCUGCACCGCGAUCUCAAGGUCGAAAACGUCCUCAUCACAAACACCCCCAAGGGCAAGCGCUUCAAGCUGUGCGACUUUGGCUCCGCUGCUCCCCCGCGGGCGGCCCCCAUGACCGUCGUCGACUGCCGCUUGAUGGAUGAGGAUGUUCAGAAACACACCACGCUGCAGUACAGGAGCCCCGAAAUGGUCGACGUCUACCGAAAGCAGCCGAUCAAUGAAAAGUCGGACAUCUGGGCACUGGGCGUGUUGCUGUACAAGCUUUGCUACUACACAACCCCUUUUGAAGAUCAAGGGCAGUUGGCCAUCCUGAACGCGAGCUACCGAUACCCCAGCUAUCCCGUCUUCUCAGACAGGCUAAAGAAGCUCAUUGCUUGGAUGCUCAAGGAGAACAUGCAAUCGAGACCCAACAUAUACCAAGUUCUCAAGGAGGCUUGCGCUAUGCAGGGCCGAGAGAUGCCCAUCCACGAUAUUUACUCUGGACGAGCGAUCGACGAACCUAAGACGAGCCAAUCCUCCGCGACCGAUCCAAAGCUGCAGGCACCCAUGGUCGGCGCCGUCUUUGCAGCACCCACCAGAGAGCAGCAAACCCUGCCUGACAUCACGCCGAUGAGAAGAGGUCGCCCGGUUCCUUCACCAUCCCGCACGCCUGUUCCGGGCAAGAUCACUGACGGCGAUCCGUUCGCUGCUUUGGAUUCCAAAGCCGUUGCUGCUGCUAGCGCUGCCACCACCCUUCCCAUUCGACAGGCAGAGCCUGAUGAGCUCUCCUCUAGAUUCCCGCGCUUGGACGAGUUCGCCUUGCUUCACGAGCAAAAGACCUUCAACUUUGACUCUGGCCCAGUUUCGCCUCGACCACAGAAGGAUUUGAGCACCAAGGUUGCUGAGCGACUGGCCGAUGAAGCAUUCGCAUCCUCAAGAAGCCCUGCGUCUUCAAUACCUGCUCCGAGACCGCACUCUGUUGCGCCCAUCUCCUCGCGUCCACCUCCUGAUGUUUCGCCGCCAACGCUGGAGACGAAGCUCCAUCCAAGACUGGUGGCCUCAACCACGGCCCAGUCUGGAAUCAGCCGAGCACAGUCCAUUAUCACGAGCAAUCCUGAGCUCAAGGCCAUUGCGAACAAGACGGCGACCUCUUCGUAUGUGUCUACGGGCACGAUGACGGAGCUCUCCCCGGACAAGGAACAACCAUCCGACUCGGAGAGUAGCAGACGCUCCUUUGAGGUGGAAACUCCUCGUGCGCUUCCGCCUCGUGCCGCGGCUCUCACUGGGCAAACCACCGCCAAGCGACACUCUGGUGGUAACUGGGCGUCAGCAAAUACACGAUCUUCGUCAGUCCAGCCCGCGCGGUUGAGCCAGAGCACGGUUGCCUCAUCCAGGACAUCGCUUGACAUCCUCAGCUCCCAAGAAGACCUGAUCGACAUGCGAUCUUCUGCUGGCGAUCUGGGCGGCAAGCAGCGGCCCCUCAGCUCCACGUUUGAGCCCAGCACCCUGGAGUACUUGCGCGAGAGGGAAAUCGCGUCAAAGCCUUCUUCUCGCCAGUCUUCCCUGACGCGACACUCCUCGUGGCAUCUCCCUCUCUCACAUUCCAACACUGGACGCAACGAUGGCGGAUCGAGCUUGAAGGACCAGCGUAGCUCCAGCGGCACCGAAGUCCAGGACUUCGACCAGGACCGCCCCGGGCAGCGCUCUGAGGGGACAUCGACAACUUCCAAGAACCUGCUUGCGAGCAAGUUUGGUGGUGCGUUCAAGAGGUUCGAGAACAACGCCCCAUCCGACAAUGAGCCAGAAGCCAGAGCUUCCUCGCCCGGCAAAGAGCAGGCACGCCGUGCGUUGACGCCCAUCCAGGGGUCUGAGGCGGCAGACGAUCGGAGCGACACGGAUGACGAAGGGCGACACAUGACGGCCGAGAUGCGUCGUGACAUGGAGCGCCGCCAGCUGGAAGAGGAAGAAGCUAGAGUAGAGGCUGCGCAAGCAGAAUACCGAAGACGGGUUGCCGAAGGCGGCUCGCCCUCUAAAGCUCGUCCGCCCACCGCACCAAAGCCCAUGGGAGCAGCACGAGCGGCCAGUAUCCAGAACAGGGUCCAGAGUCUGCUGAGCGAGGAACAGAAGCCGGCACCCGUUCCGCGGACAGCCCACGGAUAUGGAAAGUACACCGACUCCGAGCCAGCAUCAGGCGCGACGGACAAGAACCGCCCCGAGGUGAAGCGCAAGCCGACCGUGGCUGCAAAACCCGCAGUUGCGGAUCCACGACGAAGCGACAAUUCCUUGGUCGAUGCCAAACAAGCCACGGGCUCGACAUCAGCUUCGGUGUCCGCCAAAAGCCAGGCCAAGCCAACAGCCCCCAAGAAGCCGGUGCACCUGAACAACAUCCCUACAGGGGGUAGGCAUGCCUCGUCACCAACGAAAGAGAGGGACGAGCCGACAUUUGAGCGUUUGAUAGCAAUCGACCUCCCCGGGCAGCCGAUGCUGGAGAUGACUGCGCGCGAACGGGAGGACUACAUUGAGGAUUUUACGAAGCGUUUCCCCAGUCUGAGCACUAUAGAGUUGAGCCGGGAGGGCGGACGCGAGAGCGAUGGGCAGCAAUGA